CUCGAUAGUGCCGCUGAGCUGAUUUUCGUCUCCCUCGUUCUCCGUGUUGUUGUUCUCGGUGACGCGACGGAGGUGUAGCCUGACGCGGUCUCUUACGUGUCGGCCUGAAUAAAAGUGGAGCUCCGCGGGCCCGGGAGUGACGGAGGGAGUCUGUAUCGUUAACUAAAUGACCAUGGAAUCGGCCGCAGAUUCUCAGCAGGGGGGGGACACUGCUGUCACGGAAACGGAGAGCCAGCAGAUCACCCAGGCGCAGAUCGCCACGCUGGCGCAGGUUUCCAUGGCGGUGGGGCACGGGACCUCCACGGGGCCCACGGUGACGCUGGUGCAGCUGCCCAACGGGCAGACGGUGCAGGUGCACGGGGUCAUCCAGGCCGCCCAGCCCUCCGUCAUCCAGUCCCCCCAGGUGCAGACCGUCCAGAUCUCCACCAUCGCGGAGAGCGAGGACUCCCAGGAGUCGGUGGACAGCGUGACGGACUCGCAGAAGCGCCGGGAGAUCCUGUCCAGACGACCGUCCUACAGGAAGAUCCUGAACGACCUGUCGUCAGACGCCCCCGGGGUCCCCCGGAUAGAGGAGGAGAAAUCGGAGGAGGACUGCGCCCCCGCCAUCACCACGGUUACCGUGCCGACGCCCAUCUAUCAGACCAGCAGCGGGCAGUACAUCGCCAUCACGCAGGGCGGGGCCAUCCAGCUGGCCAAUAACGGCACAGACGGGGUGCAGGGCCUGCAGACGCUGACCAUGACCAACGCGGCGGCUGCGCAGCAGGGCACCACCAUCCUGCAGUACGCCCAGACCACCGACGGGCAGCAGAUCCUGGUGCCCAGCAACCAGGUGGUGGUGCAAGCUGCCUCUGGGGACGUCCAGGCCUACCAGAUCCGCACAGCCCCGACCAGCACCAUCGCCCCCGGGGUGGUGAUGGCCUCCUCCCCUGCCCUGCCCAGCCAGGGGGCCCCCGAAGAGGCCACCCGCAAGCGAGAAGUCCGUCUCAUGAAGAACAGGGAGGCAGCGCGGGAAUGUCGCCGGAAGAAGAAGGAGUACGUCAAGUGUCUGGAGAACCGCGUGGCGGUGCUGGAGAACCAGAACAAAACCCUCAUCGAGGAACUGAAGGCACUUAAGGACCUGUACUGCCACAAAUCUGAGUAGCCCCCGCCCCCCCCCCCC